AUGAAUGUGUCUCUAGGCCUGAACAGAAAAAACUGCAACAAUGUCCUAUGGACCAGCAGCCCCUGUGGAUUGAACGCAACCAGGUCUUCAUAUAACCGGUCGAAUCAUAAUUUUCAGCUCCCCACCUUCUCUUCUGCCGCUAAAGCACGAGUUAUUAUCACCUUUGUGCUGUUUGCAUUGUCAGCUUUCUGCAAUCUGGCUGCACUCUGGGCAGCUGCACGCACCAGCCGUAAGAAAAGGUCCCAUGUGCGAAUCCUCAUACUCAACCUCACCACGGCUGACCUUCUUGUGACCUUCAUUGUUAUGCCUCUGGAUGCCAUUUGGAAUAUCACAGUGCAGUGGCAAGCAGGUGACAUAGCUUGUAGGAUCCUCAUGUUUUUAAAGCUGCUCUCUAUGUACUCUUGUGCAUUUGUCACUGUGGUUAUCAGCUUGGACAGGCAGUCUGCCAUUCUCAACCCACUGGGCAUCAGUGAGGCCAAAAAGAAAAAUAAGAUAAUGCUUUCAGUAGCCUGGGUGAUGAGCUUUGUACUGUCUUUACCACAGCUGUUUCUGUUUCACACCGUGACAAUAACUGAGCCUCAGAAUUUCACCCAAUGCACCACAAGAGGCAGCUUCCAUGAGCACUGGCAAGAAACCACUUACAAUAUGGUGAGCUUUGUGUGCCUGUUCCUGCUCCCUCUGCUCAUCAUGAUCUUCUGCUAUUCAAGGAUCCUGCUUGAGAUCUCCAGGCGUAUGAGCAAAGGAACACUUUCUUCAAAAGAAAUUUACCUGAGACGCUCUAAAAACAACAUCCCGAAAGCUCGGAUGAGAACACUAAAGAUGAGCAUUGUCAUUGUUAGCUCUUUCAUCAUCUGUUGGACCCCCUACUAUCUUCUGGGCCUUUGGUAUUGGUUCUAUCCAGAGACAAUGGAAGAGAAAGUAUCACAAUCCUUAACACACAUGCUUUUUAUCUUUGGUCUGGUCAAUGCCUGUUUAGAUCCAAUUACCUAUGGACUUUUCACCAUACAUUUUCGAAAAGGUCUUCAGCGCUACUGUAGAGGGGGAAGGAUGUCAGACCCUGACUCUAGCACAUCUGUGACAGGAUCUUUUCACUGCUCAAUGUCCUCUUUUCGUGCAAAGAAGACAACUGUUCUGAAUCCAGAACUACAUGGUAUUCAGAUAUCCAAUGGCUCCUCAUGCAACUCAGAGUUCAGGACAAAUGGACUUAGCAGCAGUUGCCUCUAAAAAUUCAUUAUAAUUAUUAAUUUUAUGAACUGUCAAAUGCACCAUCUAAAAACCAAGGAUGAUACCUUACAAGCUACCUAACUAUCACUCUAAGAUAUUUAUCUUAGAAUACCUUCUACCUUAUUAUCCAAAAGAAGAAAUUACAAACAUUUAAGGGUGCUCAUAUGACCUAUGACCACGGUAAUUUGUACAUUAAACAUCUCUAUAAAAGAACUGUCAAGUAUUUCUGAAAGCUACCAAAACUGCUACACAUUUCUAGUGCUCUGAUGUCAAAUACAUAUUAAUAUGUACAGAAUGUAUCUCAGAAUUUCUU